AAUUGGCAUAACAUUUUCAGAUGUGAUCUCACCUUCUUUGCAGUGAGUUGGAAGUAGACUAAAGCACAACGCCAUUUCCAAAAUGUAUAGUGAGGAAUGCAGACAGACAUCAUGGGGAGGACUUUUAACAAAAACUACCCCGAGAAAUGUUGCAUGCCAAGCAAUACGGACUUGAAGAGGUGACGCCAAGGAGUAGAUCUAUUACGUUGAUCUGCUGUGUAUUUUCCUCGCGUGCUGCUGACUUUAUGGCACGCGCUCGCGUUUUGCGCGGGACUUUGAUAUCGUUUGUUGGCCUUAAAUGCAGGCUGGAUUGGAAACCAGCUGGCUAACGUUAGCCUAUUAAAAUAUGUUUUUAUUGUAGGGCCGUUCUGGUAUUGGCUAGGAUACCAGGCAGUAGUUUUAUUUCAAGACUAUUAUUAGUUGAUUAAAGGUCACGUUCUACAUUAGUAUUCGUAUUUCAGCUGCUCUUCCCUCCCAGGGUAACAAUGUGGCACCUAGCAGACAGAGUUGUUAAUAAUCCUGGGCAUUUUACUCCGGUAGAACAACCAGAGGCAGAAGAUGGUGAUCAGUUCCUCUCGUUUGCCAAGAGGUCCAAGGUUGUGCAGCGUCAGUGUUCAGAGAUGGAGACUGAGCCUAGCCCUCCCCCACAGUCUAGCUCCUUGUCUCAGAGUAGAGACAAUUUCUGGCACAGGAUUCUAUGUCAGCCAAGUGAAGUGUCUCCUGAGCCCACCCCAUCCUACGGCCCAUUUCAGAUGCAGAUGUUUUCAAAUAAACCUGAAGGACUAGUUGGCGUGGACAUGGCAGGAUCACCUCCAGCAGGACAGAGAGUUAAAAAAGGGGGAAGGCUGGGUCUAGGAAAGCUACCUUCUCCAGUGGAACUGAUGGGCCGGAAGAAGAAGGGGAGGACAGGGGGUGCAGCACAGAGCAGCCAGGUGGUGCAACCCAGGGUGGCAGCAGUGCUGCAGCACAUUGGGGACCUCCGCAGGAGACAGAGCUCUAUUGACCAGUUGAAGCAGGGGAGUUGGUGGGGCUCCAAACCCAGGUGUAAGGCAGAAAAGGGCCGUUCCCAGAGGCAAGCAGAGGACAGCAGCAUGACUAUCAGCACCACAGUGGAGAAGCCGGAUGAAGCUACGGACUACCUCAGUCCAACCCUCACUCGUCCUUACACCCAGGAGGGUCUGUUUGGAGGAUUUGAACAAGCAUCCCAUCUUGCUCCUGGAGGAAAUCCGAUGCUGUCAUUUGUCCUGGCAACUGCUGAUAGACAAGCCAAGGGGGGUUGGCAAGGCCCUCGUUUGUCCCACAAUGAAUUUUGGGGUAUUGGGCACACUCCAGAGGAAUAAUUGAAUUUUUGUUACAUUUCUCCAAAGCACUUGUGGAGUUCACAUUGUAUAAGGGCUCGUAGUUUAUAUUGAUCAGAUUCAGAGUUUAAGGGAUAUGUUUUACAAUGUUACAAUUCAUUUGUUCAGAUUUUACUACUUAAAAAUGAUGUACAACAUUUGGUCAGUUAAUUUUAUACUGGAUAGCCAAGCAAUGAAAAAAAAGUAAAUAAAUACAUAACAUUGCAUUCCAGUGUGACUAGUAUGGUCUUGAACUGGGGAGCGUUAUAUGAAGAAAUGAAUUGGAGAAAAAAAAGGAUUUGACUUGCCUGCUCCUGUUUUGACAGACAGAGCCCAUCCCUCUCCUCUCAGAAGUUCUGGCGAGGCAGUCUUUGAGGUAGUGGAGUGCGAAACUGGUGGCAUCCGCCUUCAACUGAGUCCAUCUCUCAAAUGACCCUUUGACCUGUUCUGUAAUAGCCAGACAAGCACAUAGGCCUGACUAGAAGUACAUGUAUUCAUUUUUGGCUAUCAAGUACUCCUUUUCCCUCGAGAGCCAAGCAUAUAUACAUUCAUUAAUUAUAAUGUAGUCUAUAGUGCUUCAAACCUACUGAACUGUAUUCCCUUUUCAUUCAGUUAUUAGAAUCAGUUAUUUUUAUGAACCACUUGCCUGUCUUGGUCACUGCCUUUCUUAAAACAAAUUGUAGUACAAACAUUUAAUAAAGACAUUAACUUUUAG